GUCUGCAAGCGUUUUUUUUCGUUUUUUGUGUGUGUGUGCGUGUGCCCUGGCCUCGCUACCAAUCAUACGAGAGCGGUAACCCUGCACCCCCACCCGCUCGCCCGCGCGUACAUAAGCGACGGCGUCCUCAACGGGUGAGGCAGUGCGCAAAAAAAAGUGCCCGGGACCCCAUCGGAGCUUUGAGAGCGCGAGUCUGCGUGCGCUUUUAAGACGCGCGGUAGCAGCGUCUGUAUCUCGAGGUGUGUCGAGAGAGAGAAAGAGAAGAGCAGCGAGCAAGCGUGCGACGCAACAAUCAGCGCACCAUCGGAGGGUGUUUCUUUGGACUCUAUAUAAACAUCGUCGGGUUCUCGUCCCUUGCUCCACGCCGAAUCGGUAAGAAGAUCUUACGCGAUGAAGCCGUCCUACGCGUGCCCGUGGAUGGGUCUCCUGCUCACCACAGCCUGCCACCUCGUGCUCACGGCCACGAUCCGCACGGACAAACUCGCCGAGCUCAAACGGCUAAAUGCGCACGGGGUGGCCAGACUAAAGCGCGACCUUGAGACGCUCACCCUAUCGAGGCACGUGCGCGCCAGUGCGGAACUGAGCGUUGCCGGUCACCUGUACGUCCGCCUGGAGGAAUUAAAAAGCACCUUGCGACACGUGGACAGCAGCAACAGCAAAAGCAACGAGCCACGGACAAGGGCAAAGCGUUACGCCCACGCUCACCACUCAAAGUCGAUGAGAGCCGGCUGCUCGCUGGGCACGUGCCAGGUGGUGAACCUGAGCCACAGGCUGUACCGGCUCCUUGGGAAAAUAGACAAGGACGACGCGGCGGGGAACACCACGUGGAAUCCAAACAGCUUCGGCCGCAGGCGACGAUCCGCCGACCUCUUCCAGCGGCCGAGAAGAUAGCCUCUCCGGGGGAGGGUGCUGGGAAAGGAUGGAUGCUCUUUCAGUGGUGGUGGUGGUGGUGGAGUUGGGUGGCUGGGUUGGUGGGGUGGCUCCCUUAGGAAGGGCUGCAGUCUUUAUACCUUGAAGACGUAUUCGCCGAGUUUACAAGGACGCACAGGCUCCGACCAAGGACUGACUGUGAAGAAAAACAAGAGUCUGUGGCAUUUGCGAGCCGCUGGGGGGGGGGAGGGGGUUGAGGCGGCGCCAGCUCGACACGAUUCCGCGCUCUUGCCGCUCUCGUACACGUGGAGCUCUGGCUGCGGGGAGUGCGGGGGGUGGCGGGGUGGGGGGGGGCAGUCCGUGGAUCGGCGUGUGCGCUCCAUCUGCUGGUCCCUGCAGAAGGCGCCAGGCUCCCCGAGAACGUAGCGUUGUAUCGACGGCGUGAUAAGGAAUGUAGACGCAUCCGUAACCUUGUUGGGUUUCAUUUUUCAUUUCGCAUUUCUUUUUUUGAAAACAAUGGACACCCCCGCCCCCGCCCGCCCGCCCGCCUCGGUUCGGAUAUUGCAACCACUCCCCCGUUCUCACUUACGACAAAGUCCGACGAGGUGCCGCAUCUGGCCGGCGAAAUGCAACGCAGAAGAGACGCUUCGUGGAUGCGGUUUCCCUAUGAAUGGACUGAGCGCUCUCUCUCUCUUUCUCUAACAAAACGUGGUACAGCCCCCCCUUCACUCACGUAUCGUGCCAUGUGCACCCCCCCCCCCCCGCCCCCCUUCGGAGCUGUGUGUACCGCUGGCAGCUUCAGAGAUGCCCACAGGCGCGUGGAGGGAAAUUGGCCUAACACCGUGCCAUUUUCGUAGCAUUUGAUUAUUAUUAUUUUUUUCCCCUUUACUUUAUAUUUUAUAUUAUUAUAUUUCUAGGAGCGAACGUCCGGAGUUGAGAAAGCCAGCCCCCCCGUUGUUCCUCUUCUCCUUAACCUGCCUCCUCGGCCUCGGCGGGAGGUGACACUGAACUGAAAGGGACCUUUUUGGAGAAAAAAACAGUUACUUGAAACGCAGGAAUGUUCGGCACGCUGCAAUCCUGUGCAAUCUAAUGUAGUUUUUAUUGGCGGAGAGGAAUUCCGAGACGCGUGUUUUUGAUGUAACGUGUAAAUUAUACGGGGCCGGUGUGUGUGUGUGUGCGCGCACGGCUCAGCGCGCGCGCUGCUUUUAAUUUAUAAAUGUUUGUCUAUAAAAACAAAACCACUAUUUAAUUUUGAUAUGAUAUCUUGAACAUUCCUUUUUAUCCCUUCCUGUAAAUCCCUUAUAUCGUUAUAAUAUUAUUAUUUACUACUACUGUACAGAUAAAUAAACUUUACAAACCAUA